AUGACUCUAAUUGACGCGAUUCUGAAGGCUGAGAAUGAUGAAGAAAGAAAAUACAAGUCACCCCCACCGGAAAUAGAUGAGUCGUUUCAAUCUGUUAAGAUCAAACGACCUCACAAGUACGCGCACGUCCAAGCGAAGGUGGAUUCCUCUCCACCUCGGUAUGUGCACAGCCAUAAGAUUCAUGAGUUGGAGACCUGGAGCCGCUGGUUCGAUGAUCUCUUUAAAGAAAACGUUUCCAUGCUCACGCUCAUCAGGCAGGCUCAUUUCUUGAAGGGUCGAGUAGACAGUCACUGGCACAGAAGGCCUAUUCGUCCGAUGCAACAUUAUUGGAACCGAGUGGAUUUCCUCAAGAGAGUGCACAGAGAGAACCUCAUGCUGUACAAUCUUAUUAUAACCACGCCAUCUCGACUGCCAACUACAGUGGAACUGAACAGAGAUUGGGUCCGCAACAAGCGCAAAAUCGUAAUGCAAGCGAACAACAAGUUUGUGCUGUUCUCACCUGUUCCGUACGAGGAGAUGGAGGACCAGGCCUUUAAAGCUGCUCCGGAUGUGAAGAGACCGAGGGUAUACAUAAAGUUAGGCAUGCAAGACGGCGCGGCGAUAGGCGAGCUGUGCAUAGAACUCUUCACUGAAGUGUGUCCCAACACCUGCAACCUGUUCCUAGACCUGCUGGACGGAGACACGCUCGGACAUGGAUACGUUCACACGUGCUUUUUUAGGAAGGUACCUCACCUGUACUGGAGCGGCGGCGACGUGAUCUACAACAAUGGGUACGGGUGCUACGCGCAGCGCGGGCGCGUCAUACCUAUCGGAGCUGAGAACUACCACUACCCACAUUCUAUGGCCGGUUUGGUGUCGAUGCGAGUGACCGUAGACGAUGAGAUGUGUGGCAUGUUCAACAUCACCUUCAAGCCGUUACCUCAGCUGGAUUUGCGCAACGUUGUCUUUGGUAGAGUAAUUCGACCCAGCAACACAUACAAUAUUAUCAGAGAAAUGGGCAAUGCGCUGAGUUCCCGCCCCGUGAUCGAGAUCUGGGCAUCCCGGCGGAAAGUCGACGGACGCUGGGUGCGGGGCGCGCCUAACACUAAGCUGCCUAAAAGUCCAGUAUCGUGGAACCUUAAGUAAAAUAAUUGUUGUGAUUAAUAAAUUAUGAAUAAAUACAUA